AUGAUACGUAGAACUGGACACUCGGCUGUGCUGAGGACAUUCAGACUCAACAGAGCUGCUUUCGCUGGUCCUGUGACAAGAUGCUACUCGUCAGAAAUAGAGAACUUAAAAAGAGCCACCGAUUCAGGGGAAGCCGACAAUUCUGCUGGAGUCACUGGAGUCAUUGAUCUUCAGAAACAAAGAGAGAUCUUGGUGUACUUUAACGACCGGUAUCCUUUAUCGAUUUCCAAUACGUUUGUCAAGCACAUCGUCAAAUUGGCAUGGGCUGGAUUCCGAGGGCCAUUUGAUGAUAAGACACAAGAGUCUAAACUUUGGGAGAUCUCCAAUACGCUGAAGAACCCUUUACCUCAGGGCACCAAGAUUUUGGAGUUCAUCCCUUUCAAAAGAGACGGAGGUGCUUUUGCCAAAUUCAACGUCCCUCCAGGAACCACUGGUGAUGAGCUUUUGGGGAUGAUCCAGCUGAAUAUCAAGGUCAAUGAAGAGAAGAACUCCAAGGGUAUCUGGGCCAGAGUCAAUGGGUUGUUUUGGAGUAAAUCUCCCACGACGUUCCCCGUGAAAGGUACCCCCUGGAUUGAAGAUUUAAGAAGAAUCCCCAGUAGUCAAUUGAAAGUAAAGUUUGAAGGACCCUCCCUUACUGAAGAAGAAUUGUUUCUUUUGUUCAGAAGAUACGGGGCAAUCCAGGAAAUUGUUCCGUUCUCAGCCACUGAUGGAUUUGCUAAAGUCAUUUUCACUCGAGUAAGACCGGCGAUCUCUGCUAAGAAUUGUCUUACGGGGUUAUCAUUAAACAAGGGUAAAACCGUUCUUCAUAUUCAAUUCAUACCUAUGAAAAAGGUUAGUUGGAUUAGAGAUGCCAUUGUUAACCAUCAACGGAUUUCCAUCCCUAUUAUUUUGGCUCUCUUAGCAACGUUUGCGGUGCUAAUCUUUGACCCUAUAAGGGAGUUCUUUAUCGAGACUAAGAUCACCCAUAGAUACUCCUUGCGAAACUAUAAGGAUACUUAUGUUGUCAGACUACUUUUGUGGCCUUAUUAUGUGUUGUCCAACUGGCUUGACGAAGGAUAUGACUACAUUGAAAAACAUGUUGAACGUAAGCUUGGAGUGCAAUGUGAUGAAGUCACAGAAAAAUCUGUUACUAGAGCUGGUACUCCUGUGAUGGUUGAAGAAACAAGUUCACUUUGGAAUGAAAGAGAAGAGAAAUCAAAGCAAUUGAAACUCUGGAUCUUGGAGAACAUCAACACUUUCAUAGUGGUUAGAGGUCCAAAGGGGGCUGGGAAGGAAGAGUUUGUGCUUGAUCAUACAUUAUUAGCAGAUAAUGAAUUAAAGGAAAAGAUUCUUUAUGUCAAUUGUGAUGUUUUAGUCAAGUCUCGCUCUGAAAAUGCACUUCUUAAGAAUACUGCUAGUCAAUUGGGGUAUUUCCCACUCUUUACUUGGACCAAUAACAUUUCCCAAUUCAUUGAUUUGGGUCUUCAAGGGUUAACCGGUCAAAAGUCCGGGUUGAGUGAAUCGAAAGAGACUCAAUUGAAGAAUAUGUUCCUGUUGACCACUCAAGCAAUCAGAAACAUCAACGGUAAAGAAUAUAAGAAAUAUAAAUCAGCAGUUGAAAGAAUGCAGAAACGAAUUAAAAGACAAUCAUCAACAGAAACAUCACCAGCACUUGCACCAGUUGGUUCUGAAGCCUCUAUUGAAGAGCUUAAAGCCCCGGAAUUCGAUGUUUCAAGAGAAGAUGUUUUCCUUAGAGAGCACCCUGAAGUCAAACCAAUUAUUGUUAUCAACAGAUUCCAUGGUAAAUCUGCAAACAAAGAUAAUGAUUAUAUCUAUAACAUGAUUUCUGAAUGGAGUGCUCUGUUGAUUCAAGGAAAUUUAGCUCAUGUUAUUUUCAUCACCAGUGAUAUUGGAAGUGUACUGAGAUUAAACACCUAUUUACCCAAUAAUGUGUUCAAGACCAUUACUUUAAGUGAUGCUUCUUCCACCAGUGCUAAACUGUUUGUAAUGAACCAAUUGAAGGGGAAGAACUUGGUUAAUCCAGAUAUUGUGGAAGAUUGUGUUGAACCUUUGGGAGGUAGAAUGCUUGAUUUACAAGCUUAUGUCCGCCGUCUUAAUUCCGGAGAAUCACCAGAUGUGGCACUUGAUGAAAUGGUUACCCAAGCUGCAGAGCAAGUGACAACCUUCUUCUUAAAUGCCAAUCAAGAGGUAAACCCGGAUAAUACAUGGACAACUUCACAAGUAUGGUAUUUGGUGAAGAAGCUUGCUAAAAACGAUACAAUUGAAUUUGGAGAAAUCAUGAGUAGUCCAUUCUUUAAGAAUCCCAAUUCCAGUAUUGCAACCCUAUCUGCCUUGGAGAAGUUUGAUCUUAUUACUUUGGAAAGAGACAAGGGUGUUUUAGUGAAAAUUCAUAUUGGACGUCCACUUUUCAAGUCUGCUUUUUCAAGUUUGGUUGAUGAUGUUUCACUGUACAAGUUGUAUGAAUCUGAAUUUAUCACUAACUUAAUGUCUUUUGAGAAUGCUAAAGUUGCCAAAAUCGAAGACGAAUUGACCAAAUUACGAGGGUUUUCCAACUUCGGUACCCGUGUUAAUUAUUUGAGUGAUAAGCUUGAUGCUUCAACAGACAAAUUGGUAAGUUUAGAAAAGGAAUACAAAGACGUUCUUGCCUUGGACCCUGAUGCUUCUUGCAAAGCUUCAUCUUCAUCAUCAAGAUUCUCUUUAAAGUUGUUCUGA